AUGUCGGCUAACGAACAGACGGAUUACCUGAUGGAUGAACCAGCAUCUUCAGGAGACAGUGGUGACGAGAGCGGCAGUGAACCAGAGUCUCCGAGUGAGAAGUUGCUACACGUACACAAACAGGAGUGGACAUGCGACAGCAAUGAACGGGAAAAUAAAGCUAGAGAAUCCCACAACGAUCCAACGGCUUCCACAUCAUCCACUACUCAAGAGGCUGACAGCAGCAAGCCAUCUUUGCCCAAACUCCUGCCCAAGAUUGAACAGAUGCCAGGAGGCGCCAUGCUGUAUCCUGGAGUCUUGGCUGGACUGGACGGCAUCAGCAGUAACCUUGGACUAGGCAAUCUGGCCAUGGGCUACCCACACGGAUUUAUAUUGGGACUGGCUAAUCAAGGCCAAGAAGGCGCUUCAUCAUCAAGCCAACCUCAGUUUAUAACUAUCCCGCUGUCGAUGGCCAUGGCGGCAGCAGCCGGCGCCCCCACAGCCACCGUGACCAACGGCUGCGGUGCCAGCGCCUCUAGCGACGACAGCAGCGAACUACAAGACUUGAGCACCGGCAGAAAGUGA